GCGCUGUUUGUUAUAAACAUGUCAUCGCGCUCGCGAGUCUGUUGUACGUGAUAUAAACCUUCUACAGAGUACAUACAUAUCGCACGGUGCUUUUUAUCCACCAGAAGCUAUUUUGAGUUUGCGGGCCCUGCCGUCCCGUCUUGCUCUAUCAGAUCAGCCACCCCGCACUACCCCGCAUUCCGCGAUGACGAAGACGCAACCGAGAAAGGGAAAUUCGCUGCAGGAGGCGUGUGCUCUGGAGCCGGUGCCGGGGAGCGGGGAUAAUAGCUUCACGGCGAGAAUUGCUUGGGAUUGGUGUGGACCGCAGUAAGACCCUCCGGAGAGAAGAGGAGAUUGAUGAGCACGAAAGAAGACGAGAAAUUCAAAAGGAGAAAGAAAAUGAAACAUGAAAGAAAAGCAACACCGGCUAACACCACCAGAGCCGCACUUGGUGGAUACCUCACCACGCUUAUCUUCACUGCCGCCCGCAGAUACAUGCUUGCCAAGCAUCCCGCGCUCCCACAACCCGAUCCCAUCGCCUCGCACGUCCAAUUCGUGCAUGGCGUCACUAAACAGACCCUAACUGUCCGUCUCACUAUCAUGGAGAUCAGUCUCGGCGCCCGCGUCUCCAUUCUCCAGAUCUCGCUCGCGACCACUCUUCAGCUUUGCGUCCUGGCCGUGCUGACCAUGGGUAAUCUGGCUACCGAACAAGGCGUCAGUCUGCCCGCGCGCCCGACAAUCCCGAAGCACCAGAUCCCAGACCGAGAGCGCGACUGCAUGCCGGAUGUCCCGCCGGAGUGGAUGCGUCCUUUCGUGCCGAUGGCGUUCCAGGGCGACAACCGCAUACUGAAGGGGGCUCGGGGCGCGGCAUGGGACGCACGCUUCGGGAGGAAUGUCAGGGAGAAGUGGUGUGCUCGGACGGAUGCUGAUGGUUUCGAUGUCCUCUCUCUUGGCUGCUUGCUUGAUUCCGUAUGUCUCGGUUCCCGAGUCUAGCCCGCAAGCUGAUGGUGUCUAGUUCAUGGCAGCGCCGGGCAAUUACUUCCCAGACCGGCAUGACAAUAAGGUUGGGAUUGGGUACCCGACGUUGUGCAUGUCGAGUGAGAUCAAGAAGGAUCCAAAAGGGACCAAGUGGUUGUUCAUGAAGAUCGCCGCCCACGAGAUCAAGAACGGCAGGUUUGAUACGGAUGUCUAUGUUGUAGAUGAGGAGGGAGAGUUAGUAGCGUUGAGCAAGCAUGUCUCGCUCAUCACGGAGGUAAAGGGGAAGUCGUUAGAUAUGAGUAAGGCUGUGAAGCUGUGAAGCUGUGAUUUAGGAGUAUACUAGAAUUCAACUAAAAGCCAUCCUUAGUGUAUG